AUGGCGUCCUCCGCCGCAGCCAUCUCAUUCCCAAACCUUCCUGACAUCUCAUCUCUCGUCGUCCGCAAGAACGGGGGUGGCUCCGGCUCCGGCUCUGGCUCUGACCCUGGUUCUUGUCCUGCAGUCUGGAACCAGAUCUCCAGAGAUCUGACAGCCAAGUUCCUGACUAGAGGAGAAUGCAAUCCAGAUGCUCGUGCCGCUAUCAGGGCUGUUUUCCAUGACUGUGGAGCAUGGAAUGUGGCCCAGGGCGCAAAGGGCGGUUGCGACGGCUCCCUUGUUCUGGCCGGAGAGCUUAAUCUGCCAGAAAACAAGGGCCUUGAUGUUAUUGGCAGAUAUCUCCAGAGCUUGGCCAAAAGCUACAAAGUCAGCUUAGCAGACAUGAUUGUUUUUGCUGGUAGCCAUGCAAUUGUCACCUGUCCUGGCGGCCCACGAGUGAAAACAUAUAUCGGCCGCACUGACUCCUCUGUCCGGGCACCGCCUGGCCUUUUACCUGACGUCAGAGCACCAGCAGACAGCCUAUUCAAACUCUUCCAGGACAAGGGCCUUGAUGCUGUUGAUCUCGCCGCCCUGCUCGGCGCCCACACUACCAGCAACCAAUUCAACUUUGAUACGACUCUUGAGAAGAAGGGCUUACCCCAGGACUCGACCCCUGGCGUCUGGGAUGUCAAAUACUACUCUGAGACUACCAACCCUCCACAAGGCGUGCUCGUACUCCCAAGUGACUCGGGUCUGGCAGUGCAUCCCACUGUGGGCAAAGAAUUUCAAGGGUUUGUCAACAAUGCAGGAAAGUGGAAUGGCAAGUUUGCAGACGCAAUGGCGCGCAUGGAGUUAUUUGGUAGUGCCGGAACAAAUGGCAUGGCGGACUGCACCAAUGCAUUGCCAAGUGCAACUAACAUCAAAAGAGAGCUGAAGGGCAUGCCUAUUUUUGCAUCAAGGAACUGA